AUAUGACCAUGCUGCCAUUUUAUCCUUAGAGACUGCCUGUUUCAGCGUCCUAACUUCUACAAGUCAUGGCUUUCUUUUUAGUGACAUUGUAAUAUUCUCUUUUCAUUAGUUGGAGAACACCAGCUGACGGGGCACAAAGUAGCAGUAAAAAUUUUAAACAGGCAGAAAAUUCGCAGCUUGGAUGUGGUUGGGAAAAUCAAAAGAGAAAUUCAAAAUCUAAAACUCUUCCGGCACCCUCAUAUUAUUAAACUGUACCAGGUUAUCAGCACUCCAACUGAUUUUUUCAUGGUAAUGGAAUAUGUAUCUGGUGGUGAAUUAUUUGAUUACAUCUGUAAGCAUGGACGUGUCGAAGAGGCAGAAGCUAGACGCCUGUUCCAGCAGAUUCUCUCUGCAGUGGAUUAUUGUCACAGGCAUAUGGUUGUCCACAGAGACCUGAAACCAGAGAAUGUGCUGUUAGAUGCACACAUGAAUGCCAAGAUAGCUGAUUUUGGGUUGUCUAACAUGAUGUCGGACGGGGAAUUUCUGCGAACGAGUUGUGGUUCCCCAAACUAUGCCGCUCCUGAAGUCAUUUCUGGAAGGUUGUACGCUGGCCCUGAAGUGGAUAUCUGGAGCUGCGGUGUGAUUCUCUAUGCUCUUCUCUGUGGCACUCUCCCAUUUGACGAUGAACACGUACCCACGCUCUUUAAGAAGAUCCGUGGAGGCGUAUUUUACAUCCCCGAAUACCUCAACCGGUCAGUUGCCACUCUCCUCAUGCACAUGCUGCAGGUCGACCCGCUUAAACGAGCAACUAUCAAGGACAUAAGAGAACAUGAGUGGUUUAAACAGGAGUUGCCCACUUACCUGUUUCCGGAGGAUCCUUCCUAUGAUGCCAACGUCAUCGAUGACGAGGCGGUGCGGGAAGUGUGUGAGAAGUUUGAAUGCACAGAGUCCGAGGUGAUGAACAGCUUGUAUAGUGGUGACCCACAAGACCAGCUUGCCGUAGCUUACCACCUUGUUAUUGACAAUCGGAGAAUCAUGAACCAAGCCAGUGAGUUCUACCUCGCUUCCAGCCCCCCCACUGGCUCAUUUAUGGAUGACAGUACUAUGCACAUCCCACCUGGGGUGAAACCACACCCAGAGCGGAUGCCUCCUCUAAUAGCAGACAGUCCCAAAGCAAGAUGUCCUUUGGAUGCUCUGAAUACUACUAAGCCAAAACCUCUGACUGUGAAAAAGGCCAAGUGGCAUCUAGGAAUCCGCAGUCAAAGCAAACCUUAUGACAUUAUGGCCGAAGUGUACCGAGCUAUGAAACAGCUGGAUUUCGAAUGGAAGGUGGUGAACUCCUAUCAUCUUCGAGUGCGUCGGAAGAAUCCAGUAACUGGAAAUUACGUGAAAAUGAGUUUACAGCUUUACCAAGUUGACAAUCGAAGCUAUCUCUUGGACUUUAAAAGCAUUGAUGAUGACGUCAUGGAGCAGAGGUCAGGCUCAUCCACACCCCAGCGCUCUUGCUCUGCGGCUGGCUUGCACAGACCAAGACUGAGUAUUGAUUCUGCUGCUGCUGAAUGCCAGUCGCUUACUGGAUCCCUGACUGGUUCCUUGACUGGGAGCAUAUCCUCCGUUACUCCACGCCUGGGGAGCCACACCAUGGAUUUUUUUGAAAUGUGUGCCAGUCUCAUCAUGGCAUUAGCUCGCUGACAAGCAGCAUCGAGUCACCGGUCCCUCCUCAUGCAAUGCUGCACUGUGAGAAUCUGGUCCUGUAUCACUUAUUUGUUUCCUUUUUACCUCCCACCUUCCCCCUCGUUUUUUGCUCUUUGGUCUCAUCCUGGGAAUCGUGUACAUUGCUGUGCAAACUCUUCAGGAUCCAGAUACUCCCUUGCAAAGGAUCUGGUUGGCUGUACAAAGCAUUAAGGGAACUAGAAACAGGUUUGUGUUGCUUACUGCAUUCUGGUGGGAUAAAGAGAACCAGACAGCUUUUACCAGUGAACACGAUCAGGAAACUUGGCCACGGUUUUAAAAUAUGGAUAUAUUAUGCACAGAUUUAACAUGGGCUAUACAUUGGCUCAGUAAGAAGUCCCACCCCAUGCACAAUCAUGCUUGAAGUCUUCAUGGUCUUGGUAUCAGUCUGAAAUCAGCCAGCUUAAAUGAAGUGUUGUGGUGGAACACUGACUUUUCACAAAUACGAAACGGAUAUUAAAUGCAAUCGCCUAUGUGUUUAAUGCACAUCUUCACCAUGUUUAACCAGGAGAGCAGGUCAGCUGAUCAGAGAUCCCAGUGUUAAGCAUGAAUAAAUCUAACUAUAAGAGAGAUGGAAAGUGCAGUAUAUUCUGAACAAAAGCCUUGAAACUCCUGCUGAAGCUGCCUUAAUUUAUCAGAACUUAUUUAUAAGACUGUUUCUUCUUGUGUGUAUCUUUCCUAAGUUUUUAGAAGAGAUUCUUUACCCUUAUCUCCCAAAGCUGUGAAGUAGGUACUGUAAACUUGGUAAUAUUUAUUCUUGUUGCUGGGAGCAUGUUCAUGCACUCUGUAUCAUGUUCUACUUGUGUGUUUUGUAAUCUUAAGAUACUUCCUUUCUUUCGAGUGCAAAGCAAAACUGAAUGACAUGACAGCUGUAGCACCCACCUCAAUUUGGGCAGGAAAACCCCCCUAAGCUCCAGUUAAUUCCGGAGGGUUAGUACAACCCGUGUGUUGCAAUUCCUUGUUAAAGUAUUUUAUUUUAAAAAAAAGAAAAUUGUUUAUGAUUUUUGUUCAUGAUUUUCUCUGAUUACGACAUUUUGCCUGCCACCACAAAAAAGCUCUGGGUAUAAUUUUUUUUUCUCUAAAGAACAAGGUCUGUAAAAAAUGUUAUAUGGGUUUUGGGAUUUCACUUUGUUAACAGAAGGACCAGGAAAGAAGAGUUGCUUUUUAUUAUUAUUCUUAUUAAUAAUAAUGAUUACAGUACUUUUAAAAUAAUAGCUGUUGUGAAAGGCCAGAAGCCCUAGUUUCAGUUUUGUUCUUUGUGCAAGUAAUUGACCGUUAGGAGUCACAAAGAAGCCUUUUACCUUCCAUUUAUGGUGUGGAAAGUGUUUCUCUGUGUACUGCACUGCAUGUGAUAGCUGUCUUCAUGGCUGACAUUUGCACUUUAAUAAACUCAGAGAUGGAAAAAAGAGACCAUAGCAACAAAGCCUUAAAAUAUAUAUUUAAAUUAAAAGGCCUCAGUGCUCCUG